AUGUUUCUACUCAUCUACUAUCUCACCCUGGUGGGAGGUGCUAUCGCAGCCCCUUUCCUACAAAGGCUCAACGAUACAACACAUGUUAUCGGGAAUGAUCUGUGGAAUAUCACCAUCGGCCGACAAUAUGGCGUCAAGUUGUACUACAAAGAGCACGAUCUAGUCGGUGAUGCAUGGGGGCACUAUGUCAGCUAUAACGGCGCUCAAUCCGAUCUAAACUGGACAUCUGGCGACAUCCACCACCAAGGCGACGACUAUCUCGACGUCCGCUUCACCGCAAACGAAGGCGACUUCCACUGGGUCAUCUUCGACGGUCUCGCCGGCGCAUACCAAUACUUCAUCAACCGAGCCUUACCAGUACUAGGCGAAUUCCGCACCCUCUUUCGUCUAGAUAACACCACCUUUCCGAACGGUCGAACGAACAUCAAAGACGAGGCUCUGCCGACUCUAUCCGACAUUCUGAACUCGACCAAAGUGCAGGAUGAAACAUGGCAACGCGCCGACGGAUCGUAUAUCACCAAAUACGACUUUAGCACGUUUAUCCGCGAGCAGGAUUACUACGGUGUGUAUGGCGAUGAGUUUGGAUCGUGGUAUAUCCACCCGGGAAAGGAUUACUAUAAUGGGAAUCAGCUGAAGCAGGAGUUGACGGUGCAUCGAGAGAGUGCGACGGGUGACGCGGUGCAGUUGAAUAUGAUCCACGGGACGCAUUUUCAGGCGUCGUCGAGUGAUGCUUUUCCGGAUGGAAAGGUCUGGGGGCCUUGGUUGUGGUAUUUGAAUGACGGGUCGAAAUCGGAUGCAAAGGAUAGAGCAGACAAGGAGUUUGCAUCGUGGCCGUAUACGUGGUUCGAUGAUGCUGACUAUCAUUCUCGAGGAUCUGUUUCUGGUCGGUUGGUUCUGUCUGAUGGACGAGCUGCAUCAGGGGCAUCUGUAUUCCUGGGCGAUAACCAUCCGAACAAGACGGCGCUGGAUAUGGGGACACUCUAUUAUUAUACCAGCCAAGCUGAUGACAAGGGGAAUUUCAUCUUUGAGAAUGUCCGCACAGGAGAGUAUGGACUGCAAGCGUGGUCUGAUGGAGGAGAAAUCCGGGAUGUAUCAACGACGCUGCAGUACAACGACGUCAAGGUGGAGGAAAAGGAGAACAAACUCGGCCAGAUUAACUGGGAUAGUCCGCCACGGAACAUCAUCUUCCAAAUCGGCGACUUUGACCGAAAGACGCUAGGCUUCAAAUACGGCGGGUCUCCAUACGAACACGCCGUGGUGGCCAGAUGCCCGAAAAACCUCACCUACACAGUCGGAAGCAGCAAGACAGAAGACUGGUGUUUCGGACAAUCCUCAGGAACAUGGCGGAUCCUCUUUACCAGCAACACGACAUCACCAGCUACAUUGACGAUAUCGCUGGCGGGCUACUCAUCGGGAACAACGGCACAAAUCCUGCUCAACGGAAGCAAAAUCGGCAAUCUGACUUCAUUAUCGAAUGAUCCCGGGUUGUAUCGAUCGGCGACGACGGCGGGAGAAUGGCGGGUGGUGCAGGUUGAGAUUGGCGGAAUGAGGAGAGGCUGGAAUGCGAUUGAUUUGGAGGUGCAGGAGAGCAGCGAAUGGCGGGGAUUCAUGUGGGAUAGUCUGCUGCUGGCUGGUGACGUUGUUUCAUAUUAG